AUGGACGGGAUCGCGGGCUUGACGUGUUCCACCAUCUCCGGACUUGCUACGCCGAACGACGGCCAUGGCCUUGCUUAUCAGCCGGGGGUGCGGGAGUUUGGUGCCGGGCCAAAGUUUGUUGAGUUCUGGCUAGAUUCGGGCCCACCGGCACAGCCGGGUCCGGCGACCGAAGCCGGCGGCAGUAAGGCGAAGAAGAAGAAGAAGGGUGGGAGAGGGCCAAGCCCCAACGCCGCAGCCGCGUCGUCAUCACCGGGAGGACGAACCUUGUCCUUCGCAUACUCAUCCGUAUCUCGCUUACACACCACAGCGUAUGGUAAAGCUCUUCAAAAGCCGGAUCUCCCUGUUGUCAACGUCGGAACGCGGGAGAAGCCGACGUACCUCCCUCCCGAUGUCUGUAUCGCCAUGCCAGGCCAGAGCGUCGAUUCCAAGCUAGACCCCGGCCAAACCCGGCAGAUGAUUCGGUUUGCCGUCCGCAAACCGGCAGACAAUGCCAACUCGAUUGUCUACGAGGGGCUGAGCAUCGUCGGUCUUUCAGACACGAACGCCCUAUUGAACAAAUUCGGCGUUUCCGUCAACCCCAACCUGAUCACCGUCCCAGGGCGAGUGCUGGACGAACCUAAGGUUCUCUAUAAAGCCAAAAAAUUCGCCCAAGUCCGGUUCGGCGGCUGGAAUAUGGUCGACGUGAAGUUCAACACGGCCGGAACGCUGAAUGUGUGGUCAUACUUCAUGAUCUCGUUGCCCACCCACCGAAACGCACUCGACCAGGCCAGUCUAGCGGCGGCCGUCAAGCAAUUCGCAGAUUUGCUAAUCAAGAGAGGGAUCCCUGUGGCCGCUCCCUUGCAGGGCCAGAGGGUAGAGCUAAACAGCCCCGAGGAUGCCCGUUUAGAGCAGCGCCUGGAGAAGAAGGGGCUCCCGCGCCUGACCGUCGUUAUCGUCGGCAAGCGACACCACACGCGCUUCUACGCGAGCCGAGAAGGGGACGCGGACCGGUCGUCGAACCCCAAACCGGGGACGGUGUCUCACGCCGCCAUUCAGGGCACGGCGCGGCCGGCGCAUUACUUUGUCCUUUUGGACGAAAUCUUCCGCGCGCGGUAUGCCAAAACGGUGCCGCCGCCAUUCCAGAAUGUUGCCGAUGUGCUCGAGGCGCUGACGCAAAGCAUGUGCUACACGUACGGGAGGGCGGCUAAAGCGGCCUUUAAGACGCCGAGCCAGUCGAUGGCGGGGAGUGUUGGAGCGGAGCCGGCGGCGAUGACGAGCGAGGAUGUGCUGAUCCAUGCGGAGCGUAGGCUUCGCAGCCAGGUGCAAUUGAUGCUAUGGACUGAAGACUUUUCUAUGGGGAGGGAAAGGGAGAAAGGCGCAGAGCGCGGGACACGCGAUGCGGAAGAAAAGGUGGUGCGGUGUCUUGUCGCACGGGCUGUUCCGCGGCGCGUGCUCACGUGGAUACCUGCGGCGUGCGGUCAACUGCCCUGGGCCGUCACAACAGACACUGGUUCAAGCGCAACGCUCUCAGCGAUAAUAUGA